AUGGAGCAUUCUCUAGAACACAGCCCGGUCACUGCACCGCUCCCGAGCCUGGGCGGGGUGGCCGCGGGGUCGCUGUCGUCCGACGGCGCCGACUCGGACGCCGCUGCGCCGUACGACGGCGACGUGGAGUCGAGCGGGCGCCGUGCGCACCCGGGCCACACGAGCGCGCCGCUGACCCUGCGUGGCCAGCCCACCGAUGCGACCUCGCGCUCGUUUGACGUGCUCAUGGGCGGCGCCCGGUCCAAGGAGGACGGGCCGCGCAUCGCGCCGAUCGCCUGUGCCGCCUCCAUCCGGCAGUGGGUCCACGCGGCGAUCUACUCGCCCGCGCCCGAGCGCCCGUACCGUAUCAACCACCCCCCGCAAGAUCGCCCUGUCCGUAUUUACGCGGACGGCGUGUAUGACCUCUUCCACUAUGCCCAUGCCCUUCAGCUCCGCCAGGCCAAGCUUUCGUUCCCGUCUGUAUACCUGAUUGUCGGCGUUGUGUCGUCGGAGCUGUGCGAGCAGCACAAAAAUCGCCCGAUUCUCGAGUCGAGCGAGCGCUACGAAGCACUGCGCAACUGCCGCUGGGUCGACGAGGUGCUCGAAGACGCCCCGUGGGUCGUCGAACAGCCGCUCAUUGAUAAGCUCGAGAUCGACUAUGUCGCGCACGACGAGCUCCCGUACGCCAUGAACACGGGCGGCCCGGCGGUCGCGAGCGACGACGUGUACGAUUGGCUGAAGCGCCAGGGCAAGUUUCUGCCCACGCGACGCACCGAGGGAAUCAGCACGAGCGAUCUCGUGGCACGCAUCGUGACCAUGUACCGCGAAGGCGACCUCGACGCUAAGCUCGAAAAGAUGGGCGAAAGCGAACUCACGUCCACCUCUUUGUAA